AUGGUGACGCCUGCUGGACCAUCACUCCACGGCCCUCCUGACGGUGACGCCUGCUGGACCCUCACCCAGGGCCCUCCUGAUGGUGAUGCCUGCUGGACCCUCACCCAGGCCCUCCUGACGGUGACGCCUGCUGGACCUCACCCAGGGCUCCUGAUGGUGACGCCUGCUGGACCCUCACUCCAGGCCCUCCUGACGGUGACGCCUGCACCCUCACCCAGGCCCCCUGACGGUGACGCCUGCUGGACCAUCACCAGGGCCCUCCUGACGGUGACGCCUGCUGGACCAUCACUCCACGGCCCUCCUGACGGUGACGCCUGCUGGACCAUCACUCCACGCCUCCUGACGGUGACGCCUGCUGGACCAUCACCCACGGCCCCCUACCUGAGGAGAUUUGGAGGAGGCCAGGUAACAGAGACAGCAAGAGGCCAGGUAACAGAGACAGCAAGAGGCCAGGUAACAGAGACAGCAAGAGGCCAGGUAACAGAGACAGCACGAAGCCAGGUAACAGAGACAGCAAGAGGCCAGGUAACAGAGACAGCAAGAGGCCAGGUAACAGAGACAGCAAGAGGCAGGCCACUCCAACAGCAUCUCCAACAGCAUCUCUCCAACAGCAUCUCUCCAACAGCAACUCUCCAACAGCCACCUCCAACAGCAACACUCCAACAGCAACUCUCCAACAGCAACUCUCCAACAGCAUCUCUCCAACAGCAUCUCUCCAACAGCAUCUCUCCAACAGCAUCUCCAACAGCAACCUCCAACAGCAACUCUCCAACAGCCACUCUUCAAAAGCAUCUCUCCAACAGCAACUCUCCAACAGCAUUUCUCCAACAGCCACUCUCCAACAACCACUCAACAGCAUCUCUCCAACAGCCACUUCCAACAGCAACACUCCAACAGCAACUCCCAACAGCAACUCUCCAACAGCAGCUUCCAACAGCAACUUCAACAGCAACUCUCCAACAGCAUCUCUCCAACAGCAUCUCUCCAACAGCAUCUCUCUCCAACAGCAACUUCCAACAGCAACUCUCCAACAGCAUCUCCAACGGCAUCUCUCCAACAGCAUCUCUCCAACAGCAACUUCCAACAGCAACUUCAACAGCAACUCUCCAACAGCAACUCUCCAACAGCAACUCCAACAGCCACUCUCCAACAGCAACUCUCCAACAGCAUCUCCAACAGCAUCUCUCCAACAGCACCUCCAACAGCAACUCUCCAACAGCAACUCUCCAACAGCAACUCUCCAACAGCAACCUCCAACAGCAACUCUCCAACAGCAUCUCUCCAACAGCAACUCUCCAACAGCAACUCCAACAGCAGCCUCCAACAGCAACUCUCCAACAGCAACUCUCCAACAGCAACUUCCAACAGCCACUCUUCAAAAGCAUCUCUCCAACAGCAACUCUCCAACAGCAUUUCUCCAACAGCCACUCUCCAACAACCACUCUCCAACAGCAUCUCCAACAGCCACUCUCCAACAGCAACACCCAACAGCAAAUCUCCAACAGCAACUCUCCAACAGCAGCUUUCCAACAGCAACCUCCAACAGCAACUCUCCAACAGCAACUCUCCAACAGCCACUCUUCAAAAGCAUCUCUCCAACAGCCACUCUUCAAAAGCAUCUCUCCAACAGCAACCUCCAACAGCAUUUCUCCAACAGCCACUCUCCAACAACCACUUCCAACAACCACUUCCAACAGCAUCUCCAUCAGCCACUCUCCAACAGCAACACUCCAACAGCAACUCUCCAACAGCAACUCUCCAACAGCAACUCUCCAACAGCAACUCUCUCCAACAGCAACUCUCCAACAGAAACUUCCAACAGCAUCUCUCCAACAGCAACACUCCAACAGCAACACUCCAACAGCAACUCUCAACAGCAACUCUCCAGCAGCUCCUCCAACAGCAACUCUCCAACAGCAACUCCUCAACAGAAACUCUCCAACAGCCCUCUCCAGCCACUCUCCAACAGCAUCUCUCAACAGCAUCUCCAACAGCCACUCUCCAACAGCCACUCUCCAACAGCCACUCUCCAACAGCAUCUCUCCAACAGCAUCUCUCCAACAGCAACUCUCCAACAGCCACUCCAACACUCCUCCAACAGCCACUCUCCAACAGCAACACUCCAACAACACUCCAACAGCAACUCUCCAACAGCAUCUCUCAACAGCAACUCUCCAACAGCAACUCUCCAACACCGCAACACCACUCUCCAACAGCAUCUCUCAACAGCCCUCUCCAACAGCAUCUCUCCAACAGCAUCUCUCACCAGCAACUCUCAACAGCCACUCGUCAACAGCCACUCUCCAACAGCCACUCUCAACAGCAUCUCUCCAACAGCAUCUCCAACAGCCACUCUCCAACAGCAUCUCUCCAACAGCAACUCUCCAACAGCAACUCUCCAACAGCAACCCUCCAACAGCAACUCUCCAACAGAAUCUCCAACAGCAACUCUCCAACAGCAACUCUCCAACAGCAACUCUCCAGCAACUCUCCAACAGCAUCUCUCCAACAGCAUCUCCAGCAACUCUCCAACAGCAACUCUCCAACAGCAACUCUCCAACAGCAACUCUCCAACAGCCACUCUCCAACAGCAACUCUCCAACAGCAUCUCUCCAGCAUCUCCAAGCAACUCCAACAGCAUCUCUCCAACAGCCACUCCAACAGCAAUUCUCCAACAGCAUCUCUCCAACAGCAACUCUCCAACAGCAACUCUCCAACAGCAACUCUCCAACACAACGGCAUUUCCAACACAGCAGCGGCAUCUCCAACAUAGGCGGCAUCUCAACACAGCAACGGCAUUUCCAACACAGCAGCGGCAUCUCCAACACAGCAGCGGCAUCUCCAACACAGCAACUGCAUUUCCAACACAGCAGCGGCAUCUCCAACAUAGCAGCGGCAUCUCCAACACAGCAGCGGCAUCUCCAAUACAGCAGCAGCAUCUCCAACACAACAGCAGCAUCUCCAACACAGCAACGACCUCUCCCCAACGCAACACAGCAGCGACUUCUCCAACACAGCAACGACUCCUACAACACAGCAACGACCUCUACAACACAGCAACGACCUCUCCAACACAGUAGCGGCAUCUCCAACACAGCAGCGGCAUCUCUAACACAGCAACGACCCCCUCCAACACAGCAGCGACCUCUCCACCACUUCACUAUUGUGUCGUGUAAUAAUAAUAAUAAUAAUAAUAAUAAUAAUAAUAAUAAUAAUAAUAAU